GCCACUUGUUCCGAACAGUCGAGUUAGUGCUGUGGCUUGUGUAACUGCGAGUGCAUAACGCUUGGUGAACUGGAACUAAAUAGCAAGAUAUACUCAAACACAAACAAAAACGAAGAAAGUUUGUGUUGCUGUAGCAGCAGACGUUUCGGAUAGACCCAGUGGAUCUGAGUGGUGCUGUCAAAAUGGGAGUUCAAGGCUGUCUUAGCAUCACAAAAUACUUUCUGUUCCUGUUCAACCUUCUGUGUUUUUUAAUCGGAGUACUGAUGCUGGCAUGUGGCCUCUGGAUACUCUUUGACGAAUCAACAUUUCUCAGAACCUUAAAUGUACCCCCACUCCAACUAUUUUCUUACAUAUUUUGUGGCUGUGGCACUUUCACUAUGAUGAUUGGCUUUUUUGGAUGUCUGGGUGCUCUCAAAGAAGUUCAGUGUAUGCUGGGAAUGUACUUCUUUUUCCUGCUCAUGCUUCUGGCUGCACAGAUCACCCUUGGAACAUUGAUCUACACCCAGAGGAACACGGUUAAGGCAUAUGCUGUUGAGUCAGUAACGAAAAUUAUUAUAAACUACAAAAGUGGAAAUGCUUCCAAUCCAGCAUUACACAAAGACUUGGACAAGAUUCAGGAAAAUAUGCAGUGCUGUGGAUGGAUCUCCAAAAAUGACUGGAAACAAAACACAUUCAUCAACCAAGGAUUAGUCCCCUGCUCCUGUUAUAACCAGAGUAAACCUGAAUCCCAUAUGAAAACAAAUGAGACAGAACUGUGUGACAUCGAGAGCGAAUAUGUCUACAGUCAGGGCUGUCAAGACAAGAUCCUGUUAUGGUUAGAAAACAGUCUUUCCUGGAUUUUUGUAACCUGUGCAGUAAUCGGUGUAAUCGAGCUCUUUGGUAUGAUCCUUUCGAUGUGUCUGUGUAGAAGAAUUGGCCAAGACUACGACAAGCUCAUCCGCUUCAGCUGAUUUGGCUCCUGGCAAUUGAGGCCCCAGGACUCAACACAUCUAUCCAGCUCAUGAGUGUGUGUGUGUGUUUAUUCUUUCCAGACAUUUGUUAACCUUUACUUAUGCUUUUAUUCCUGUGGAAGCCACUUGGAAAGCGGUUGAAGUUUGUUUUUUACCUUUAUAAUCUUUCAGUGGACUCCAUCCAACAAAGUAUGAUCUCUGACAUUCAUGCAGGGAAAUGCUGCAGCACAUGCAAUGCUAACCUUUGCCAUCCUCCUCACUGCAGGCUGCUGAUCACACUGUUGAUAUUCAGACCCUGUGGUGUAGGAAUUCCACUAGGAAUCCAUAUACAGUAGUAUUUGUUCUUACAGUACUGUAUAUAAAACAUUCCAAUGGGUGUUCACUUAACCAUAUUCCAAAUGAGGUAAUCUUUAUUGUGUGCAGCUCCAUUUCCAAGUGAGCCCAAGAGAGAAAGAGUUAAGAUGAAUAAAACUAAACAACAUACGAUAGUGAGUUACGUCCACUCUUCAGCUUGGCUACUAGCUAAGUGAGAGUGAAGCCAAGUUGCGUGCAAUUAUGAGAAAAAAAAACAUACAUGCACUGUUUGACGUUGUCCAUAUUUAUUAUUAUUAAUGUUACUUAGAUGUAAAAAAAGAUACUGUAUUUUACAUUUUAUUGCAUUUAUAAUGUUUUUUUGUUUUUUUAUCACUGAGUUCAUUUUUUUAUAUGUUGUGUUCAUCCAUCAGUCUUAACACUUUUUCACAUUUGAUAUUACAGAGCUAUACAGCCUAUUGUGCAAUCAUCCAUUCAUCCUUCCUUUUACUUAACAUGCACAAUCCAAUAAUGGAGUCAUGGAGAGUCAUAGACAAUCCAAGCAAUAACACGCACAAGGCAGGAACCAGCCCUGGACAUGGAGCCAUCACAGGGUACACUCAUGCAUAUGCCCACACUGCCUCACACCUGAACAAUGCAGAGCUGCCACUCAGUCUAACACCAACAUAUUUACACACAGGGGAAACACAGACUGGGCUGGCAUUUGACGUUGCUCUCCUGGAGCUGUGGGGAACAAGUGCUAACCAUUGCUUCUUCAAGCCCCAUUAGAAACAUUAAUUUAUACCUAGAGUAAAUAAUACCUUUAAUGAAGAAUCCUAGUGCAAAGGGCAUUUCUGAGCAAUUACACUAUAUAUAAUCAGGGAAGAUUCUGUGCAGGUUAUGCUCCAGUUAGAAGAUCUGGCCCAUAGUAUGCCAUGUCUUGCCAGGAUUUCUUUCCAUUUUUUGAAUGUUGAUCAAUUUAUUGCUGUCUUUUAAUUGUGUGUACUUAUCAGCUUAAAACCAGUUACACCAGUUUUUCAGUAACUGUUCAUGUUCUCUAGACUUUACAUCCAUGGCCUCAAAAUCUAUUUACUUGAACUUCAAAAAAUGAUGACUUUUCAAAAUACAGUAACUUGAUUACUUUCCCAUUACAAUGUUCAUUCAGUUUUUGACACUUCUUUCUCUUGAUUGUGUUCCCAGAGGUAAUAAGCACAUUACAGCCAGGCCAUUGCAGGGUUCAUUCACAUGCAAACCCAUACCUAGGCACACUAGGUCAGUUUACCAUCAUCCUGGCAUGUCUUUUCAUACUCCACAGAGAAGACAUCCCAAGUGGCAAACAAAAAGCAUCUAAGCGCUAUGAGGCAGCAAUGUUACUCACCUUGUUAUUAUGUAUAUAAUGGCAUUUCUAACAAUGGCAAAUCUGAAAUAAAUCAUCUGUAUUAACCUUGUGUGAUCUUA